AUGAGCAAGAACAUCCCCGAGCAGUAUAAGAAAGGCUACAAGCCUCCCUUCCAGACCCAGGACCGCGCGCCUGGUGCCCAACAUAAGCUCAAUCCUCCCCCGCUCGACGACAUCACCGCCGACGGCAUGCCGUACAAGCCCGCAGGCAAGCUCGAGGGCAGGAAGGCCCUCAUCACCGGCGCGGACAGCGGUAUCGGCAGGAGCACCGCUCUGCUUUUCGCUCUCGAGGGUGCUGAUCUCACAGUCGCAUAUCAUCCGGAAGAGGAGAGAGACUUCAAGGAGAUGCUUGACACUGUCAACAAGAAGACAAACGGCGCUCGCAAGAUCGUCUCCCUUGCAUAUGAUCUCCGAAAGGAGGAAGCUUGUAGAGAGGUAAUUGACAAGCACCUGCAGGCUCACGGGAAACUUGACGCCCUAGUUCUCAACCACGGGACGCAGCAGGCGGUCAAGUUCCUUCCAGAUCUCCCCACACAACAGUGGCUUGAGACGUUCGACACCAACAUCCACUCAUUCUUCUACCUUUGCAAGGCCGCUAUUCCACACAUGGAGUAUGGCUCGACUAUCACCUUCAACGCGUCAAUCAACAUGGCCGUUGGCCACCCCGAGCUUGUUGACUACACUGCAACCAAGGGCGCCAUGGUCGCGUUCAUGCGCGCGCUGAGCAAUCAGCUCGUUGGCGACAAAGGCAUCCGCUGCAAUGCCAUCGCGCCGGGACCCAUCUGGACGCCCCUCGUUCCCGCGACGAUGACCAAGGAGUCGAUUGAAACCUUUGGUACCAGCGUGCCCAUGGGCAGGGCUGGGCAGCCAGUUGAGAUCGCCACGGCAUUCGUGUACUUAAGUUCGGCGGAUUCGAGCUACAUCAGCGGUCAAGUUCUUCACAUCAACGGAGGCGUCGUUAUCGAGUAA